AUGACUAAUGACAAGGGAGUGGCAAAGGAAGUUGAAUGGAGAAUCAAAGUUGAAGAUGGUCCAUGGAAAAGAGCUGGAGUUUCUUGCAACAUGUGGACAUUUAUAACUAGUCUUUAUUUCAAGCUGUGCAAAUUUUUUAAGAAAGCUUGGGAUAUUGGUGUGAAUGAUCCAAGAAAAUUCAUCCAUUGUUUGAAAGUAGGAAUAGCACUCACAGCUGUUUCACUUUUCUACUAUUUAAAGCCUUUGUAUGAUGGAGUUGGAAGAAAUGCUAUGUGGGCUGUCAUGACCGUGAUCGUCGUCUUCGAAUAUACGGCCGGUGCUACAAUAUAUAAAAGUAUCAACAGAAUUUGUGGAACUACACUUGCUGGACUUCUAGCCUUUGGUGUACAUUGGGUUGCUAGUAGAGCAGGAGAUCAAUGGGAGCCUAUAAUUGUUGGAGUCUCACUCUUUCUAUUAGCUUCUGCAGCCACAUUUUCAAGAUUCAUACCAACUAUUAAAGCUCGUUUUGAUUAUGGUGCUAUGAUAUUUAUCUUAACUUUCAGUUUAGUUUCGGUAUCCGGUUAUCGGAUUGACGAGUUGUUUAAUAUGGCGCAACAAAGAAUUUCUACUAUUAUAAUCGGAACUUCUUUGUGCAUAAUCGUUAGCACGACGGUUCGGCCCGUUUGGGCUGGUCUAGAACUCUAUGUUUUAGUCACCGGAAACCUCGACAAACUCGCAAACUCCUUGCAAGGUUGUGUGGCUCAGUACUAUGAAGCCCAAACUGCAAGUGAAGAGUCUAACAAAAAGAUGAUGGGUUACAAAUGUGUGCUAAACUCUAAAGCAACAGAAGAAUCAUUGGCCAAUUUAGCUAGAUGGGAGCCUGCACAUGGAAGAUUCAAUUUCCGUCACCCAUGGAAACAAUAUCUUAAAAUCGGAGCCACAAUGCGUAGAUGUGCUUCUUGCAUUGAUGCUCUUAUCGGAUGCAUACAUUCAGAAAACAAGAGCUCGAAUGACAUCAGGAAGAUUAUGAGCAAAACCUCUAUUCAAGUGGGUGACAUCUCUGCAAGUGUUUUGAGAGAGUUAGCAAUAACAAUAAAGAGUAUGACAAAAUCUAACAAGCUUGAUAUUUUGGUCAUAGAGAUGAAUAGUGCUGCACAAGAGCUACAAGAUUUAUUAAAAUCAUAUACAAUCACACAAAAUAAUGAUGAUGCAAAAAUGGAAAUUCCAAUCAUGGAUAUUAUUCAAGUGGUCACCAUGGUUUCCUUGCUUACUGAAAUCGUAGCACGUGUGGAAGACAUUGUGAAUUGUGUUGAAGAACUCUCAAAUUUAGGUAAAUAUAAACCAGCAAUGUCCAAGUGCGACAAAUCUAAACAACACUCUACAGAUAGCAAGAUCUCUCCCGAACAACAAAAUGAAGAGGAAGCAAUAGUCAAAACACUUCAAGUGGUAUGA